CGCGCCAAGCACACGUGUUUUUUUUCUCCCGUCAGUUGUGGAAGAAAACAAUGGUCGGAUUCCCGAUACGGUCGGCUGCAGACCGCCACUUGAAGAAGCUGUUAGUGGCGGUGCAGACCAAGCGGCAGAUCAACCUAUCCCGCGAGCUGACAACCGCUGACCUGGCGGAUCUCCGCCGGACAGCGGAGCUGUUUCGGGAAGUGGUUCCGCUGCUACGAGUGGAACUUGGCAAGCUGAGAGCAACAUUGUUGGAAGGCGGAACAGCAGCGAUUCUGCGUGUGCAGACCAACCCGUUUCUGGAGACGGUAACCGAUGCCCCCAAGAGGAAGAAGAAAGUCGUUACGUUUACGGCGGAUCAACAGACAAAUCCGUUCCUGGCAGACUCACGGUUGCAAGUGGAAACAAAUCCGUUCGGCAGGCUAGCAGUUCCUGCAAUUGGAGAUGGUGCGACGUUACCGGAACUGUAUCUGCCCGCUGCUGGGGCAAUGUCGCCGGAUAGGCGCACGUCAGCGUUGAAGCCAGUUCCAGCAGACAAUACUACUGCGGUCGCUGAUCCUAAGAAUUCAGGGACAUCGCUGCAAGCGGGAUCUUCCGAGAGGGAGAAGAAAGUCGUUACGUUUGCGGUGGAUCAGCAGACAAAUCCGUUCCUGACGGCCUCACAGACGCAAGUGGAAAUAAAUCCGUUCGUCAUGCCAGCAGUUCGACCGAUCGGAGCUGAUGCAAUGUUGCCGGAACGGAAUCUGCCCGCUGCUGGUGCAACGUUGCCGGAUCGGCAAACUUCAGUGGUGAAGACAAUUCCGGAAGUCAAUAUUUCUCCAGUCGCCGGUCCUAAGCGUUCAGAGCUAUCAGUGGAAGCAGUGUCGGUGCAAGCGGGAUCUCCCGAGAUGAAGAAGAAAGUCAUUACGUUCGCGGUGAACCAGCAACGUCCGAUGGUAGUCCAGAAUGCUUCGGAAGCUAAAGCUCACCAACCGAGAGCUCCAGUCAAGUGUCCGGAAAAUAAGCCGCAAAAGUCACGGCAACGUCCCAGGACCAGAAGGUCGAGCGCGUUUCGGACGCCAGUUUUACAACCCAAACAGAACUCUGCUUCAGCGAAUCAGCACAUCGAGAAGCAAGUUGCGGUGCCACUGCCACCCUGCUACUUUUGCGGUGGAAAGCAUACGCUGUGUCGGUGCAGCGACUUUUUCUUUCUGCGGCUUGCGGAACGCGAGGACUUUGUCCAGCAGAUGAAGCUGUGCGUCAACUGUUUCAGUCAGCGACACAACGCCUCCAGCUGCCGAGACAAACCUCGCUGUUUGCGGUGUCUGCAGUGGCAUCACACGCUGCUGCAUCGGAAUGUGUAGUGGAACCUCAGUGGUAACAAUGCAAGUGGAGUAUUGUGAACCUUGUCAAAGCUUUUUGCGACACAGGCUGAUGUACACGCUAACAACAAACUACACAACUUUGUGCGAUGAGAAACCUGCGCAACAGUCUCCAGUCCAACGGUAAGUGAAUUUUCCUGUUCGCCUCUUUAUUUUCACUGUAACUCGGAAUAGAAGGACUAUGAAUUGCAUAUUGAAUAUUUGAAAGGAACAAAUCUUCAAAAAAUAAAACAAACGCCAUCGAUACUUUUCAAUCUGCAAUUUAACUC